CUCUAAGUAACCUGAUCCAUAAACAGUACAAUACUUAAAUAUCAAUUAUAAUAUUUGAACCUGUGCAGGUGAACAAUGGGAGAGAAAAUGGGACAUUAUACAUACAGUAGGUUUCUUCAUUUAGGUGGUGUUUAUGGAGAUGUACACACUCACACUUCAUUAACAGAAGAUUCAAAGAAAAUGCACAUUUCUAGUCAACACUAAGUUUGUUACAGUACCACAUUUUGAAAUGCAAUUAUAUUAUAUAAGGUUGGUUUGCAGAAACAUUGUGUGUUGUGCAACCAGACAACAUAAAUAUAAAAUGGAAAUAGGUUGGCUGGCAGAAGGGUUUGGGACACUCGAGGACACAUGUUUCUCACAAGCCAUCCACUGUUUAUUUGCGUACGACCAGCAGGUCUGACGCUGACGCCGCUGUGGUCAGUCUCCACCAUCUGAAAGUCACACACUGCGGUACGAUACAAUAACUGUGGUUUAUCUUUGUUUUGUAUGAAACCACUUACAUGGAAGGUAGCUGCCGUGCCGAGAUUUCCAUUUCCCACAUUAUUUGCCAGGGGUUUGUCCACAUCACGCUUGGUUUACAGCGACACUUUGUAUAUCUUGGCCACGAAAGCUGAAUUUAGUCUCGCAAUAGUGAGUUUGCCGGGUAAGUGGUGAGUAUGACUUUGCUGACUGGUUAUUUAUGGAUAGAUGACUCUCCUGUUUAUAAAACUGAUAACUAAAAGCAAAUGAUCCCAUAAGCAGUGUGAUAAUUAUUCUGUUUGUUUUCCAGACAUGUGAAACUGCUUUCAUCUGACAACUGCAGAAAGAUAAAGAUUCAACUCUUGACAUCAUGACAUCCAAGGAUGCUGAACUGAAGUUUCUCCCUCCAUCAGUCAUGCCCACUGUGGUCAUGUUUCUCAUUCUUGUACCAGCUGCGUGCAGUGCCUUCAAGAUAAACUGCUCUCAUCCGAACCAACCCGCCCUGCUGGAGGCUCUCACUCCAGUCUUUAACCUGAGCCCCAUACGACCUGUCAUGGACGUGACAACCUGCACCAACGUCAGCACAUACUUCACCAUGUAUGGGAUCCUAGGAGUGGAUGAAAAGGCUCAACUCUUGACCACUUACCUUUGGCUACAUUAUUGGUGGAUGAACGAGUUUAUCAGCUGGGACCCGAUCCAGUGUGGCUCAAGGAGGAUUUCUCUUCCCAGAAAAAAGUUUUGGGUGCCAGAUAUUGUGAUCAAUGAAUUUAUGGAUAAAAACACAGCCCCCUUUGUCCCGUAUGUGUACCUCUAUAGCGAUGGUAGGAUGCACGAUGCUCUACCAGUCAGAGUUGUCAGCUCCUGUAACCUCAAUAUCUACACCUUUCCCUUCGAUAUACAGAACUGCACUAUGAGUUUCAACUCCUACGUCCAUUUUGCGAUGGACAUAAAGAUUUUCUUGGGGAGAGAUGCAGAUAACAUCACAGAGAUCUCCAAGAAGGUGAUUACCACCAUGGGAGAGUGGGAGCUACUGGAUAUCACCUCCUUCAAAAACGACAGUAGAAAGGAUAACGAUGAUUACGUUGAUGAGCUUGUAUUUCAUGUCAGAGUGAGGCGCCGAGCCACGCUCUAUGUGGUGAACCUGCUGAUCCCCAGCUGCUUCCUCAUCACAGUGGACCUCUUCAGCUUCCUGCUGCCUCCCCAGACUGUUGAUCGUUCCUCCUUCAAGAUGACCCUCAUCCUGGGCUACACCGUCUUCCUGCUCAUCAUGAACGACCUGCUGCCUAUCACUGGAAACACCAUACCUCUCAUAAAUGUGUUCUUCUCUCUCUGCCUGGCUCUGAUGGUGGCCAGUCUACUGGAGACUAUCCUCAUCACCAACCUGCUGUGUGGCUCGUCCGACUUCUCUCCCGUCCCUCGCUGGAUCGAAGUGCUUGUUUUGGACAUUCUGGGCCCACUGGUUUGGUUGCCUCGGAAGACUAAAGAACCAAGAAAUUCAGACAUGAAACCCAAUGCUGUGGUGACACAGCAAAAAGCUGAUGAUGGGCCUCCAGAGAAGAGGUGGCCAGUGGUGGAGGACAAGGCCCUUCAGGAGCUAAGGAGCCUGGGCAAGGACCUCACGGCCAUCCGCCUCCAGGUGGAGCAGCAGCCGGGUAGAAGCCAGAGCUCGGAGGAGUGGAUCCAGUGCUCCCCGCUGAAAGUCAAGCCUUCUCAGGUUCUUUUCAUCUUCAUCUCUGUGCUCAUGCAUGCUCCAUGCAGUUCCGUCAUGCUGAACUGCUCUCGACCUGACUUGCCUUCCCUGCUGCAGGCUCUCCAACCGGCCUUCAACCUGAGCUCAAUUCGACCUGUAGUUAAUAUGUCAACCCCCACCAACGUCAGCAUUGACUUCAUCCUGUUUGGCAUUUUGGGCGUUGAUGAAAAGGCCCAAGUCCUGAAAACGUUUAUCUGGCAAAGUUUAAAAUGGAGAAACGAGUUUGUCAGGUGGGACUCAGAACAGUGUGGCUCUUCGUGGAUUACAAUUCCAAGGAAACUGCUCUGGGUACCAGAUGUGGUCAUUAAUGAAUUUAUGGAGGAGAACUCAGCUCCAUUCGCCCCGUACAGUUAUCUGUUUUCUGAUGGCUUCAUGCUUGAUGAACAGCCCAUCAAAAUUAUCAGCUCCUGCAGGCUCGACAUCCACACGUUUCCAUUUGACAUACAGAAUUGCAGCUUAAGCUUUAACUCCUACUUACACCGUAUAAAGGCUCUACAUAUUGACCUCUCAUCCACUGUAGAGGAUAUAUUCAAAUAUUCAAAAAAAGUGAUGACAACUAUAGGUGAGUGGGAACUAGUUGGACUCACAGUGAAGACAUACCUACUACCAGCUGGGGAUGAAGAAAUGUACCAAGAGAUUCGCUUCUUUGUGACAGUGAGGCGCCGAGCCACCCUCUACGUGGUGAACCUGCUGAUCCCCAGCUGCUCCCUCAUCACAUUGGACCUCUUCAGCUUUCUGCUGCCUCCCAAGAGCGUUGACCGGUCGUUGUUCAAGAUGACCCUCAUCCUGGGCUUCACCGUCUUCCUGCUCAUCAUGAACGACCUGCUGCCUAGCACUGGAAACACCAUACCUCUCAUAAAUGUGUUCCUGGGGUUGUGCCUGUCUCUGAUGGUGACUAGUCUACUGGAGACUAUCCUCGUCACAAACCUACUGCAUGGCUCCGCUCACUACUCUCCACUCCCUCGCUGGGUCAGAGUCUUUGUUCUUCACAUCCUUGGUCGCCUGGUACGGCUUCCUCCAAAGCCCAGAGAUCUAGAGGACACAAUCAUCCGAAAUCCUUCCGCACAAGAAAUGGAAGUCUACUCUGUGGUGGCAGAGGACAGCGUGGCUCCAGAACAGAAGGGACCGCUGGAUAAGGACAAGGUCCUGCAGGAGCUGUGGAGCCUGGGCAAAGACCUCCAGGCCAUACGCCUUCAGGUGAAGCAACAGCUGAGCAGAAGCCAGAGCUCAGAGGACUGGAUCCAGGCGGGUUUUAUCAUAGACCGCCUGCUGUUCGGCUUCUACAUCCUCUUUAUAUCAGUCAGCUUCGUUACCAUCAUCAUUGUCUGGGUGCAAUCAUACAACACAUCCUGAAUUUGCUCAAACGCCAAAUUCACUUCAGAAAUCUUAAACAUCAACACAGACAUCAUGACAUUGGACCUCCAGCAAAUCCCCUCUGCAAACUUCACAGCAAUCAGUGGAUUUCUAUAAUAGAACACUGAGCAAUAUCCUGGAUCUCCACGCUCCGGUGAAAACUCGGACAGUCACCUUCUCACGCUCAGCCCCCUGGUUCACUUCAGAGCUACGGAACAUGAAGGUAGCUGGGCGUGUACUGGAGAGGCGUUUCACAAAAUCUGGACUCAGUGUUCAUAGAUUAGCCUUUCAAGAACACUAAAAAACCUACUCAGUCACUCAGAAACGCACAGACACAGUUCUACUCCAAUAUCAUCAAUAAAAACCCUGGAAACUCCAAGCAGUUGUUCUCCACCAUAAAUCAUCUCCUCAGGCCACAAACUAUUUCAUACACUGAUACUACAGAAGAGCAGUGCAAUAGCUUUAUUACUUUCUUCAAAACUAAAGUCGACACCAUCCGCUCUUUUUUUUCUCCAGCUCCUCCGCUCAGUCUGUCCCUGCUGUCAACUCACAGCCUGGGAUUUUCCCGCCUCUUCGCGUCUUCUUGGAGAUCUCUCAGCAAGAGGUUGAGGACGUCAUCCGCAGGAUGAAACCUUCCACCUGCGCACUGGACCCUUUUCCCCAUAACCCACAUCACUUUUUCUGGCCAAAACAUACCCUUAUCACCAUCAGUCACCAACCUAGGUGUAAGAUUUGACCCUCAUCUGACCUUUGACAUCCACAUCAAACAUCUGUGCAAGGCCUCCUUCUACCACCUAAGGAACAUUGCAAAACUCCGCCCCACACUCUUCCUGUCAGAUCGAUCUCUAUUCGAGAACAGGACCCUAGAACUGUACUCCUCUGUAAUAUGAAGCACUGAGACACAAGAGAAUAUAUUAUCAACAAAUGGUCCCAGUUCAUCCUUUGCAUGUAAUACUCAUAUUAACGUGUGAUAUUACAGUUCAAUUGUGUCUGACAUUGUAGAAAAACAUGAAUUUCAGCAGUAAUAAAAGAAGCUGCCAUGGUCUUUGUGAAAAACACCUCAUGUGUGUCUUUUUAUCUUUACAUCUAAUUACAUUCAGAUUAACAAGUGAAUAUGAGUGCAGAGAAUGAAUUUUAAUGAAUUGCCUCUUUGUUUUGUCAAGCAUACAUUAAAGUUCCCAAUACAAUUUAUAUAGCUUUGUCUUGACCUUUGAAAAUUGAGUACUGAAGUGGGCUCAUUGCAUGCUGAGGGGUGCAUUUAUAAUAUUUGUUCAGGAUGGGCAAGAUGCUCAAGUAAACAGACCUAACAAGUGACACCAACUCAAAUAAAGUUUAAAACAACAUUAACAUUUUUGUGACAUGUAAAGAAAACAACACUCCCUUGUUUGUUAGGUCUUCUUUGACAACGCUGUUUCUUUUGACAAACCGCAUGCAAGUAAUUCAGAAGGAAAAACUGAGUUGGGUUCAGCCAAUCAGAAAGAAGAUACACUAUUUGUUCAGACAGUUGACAUCUUGCUUUGAUCUGUUAAAAGCUGGAAGAAACGUAUUCCAUUGGUAAUUAUUUAAGAAACUUUAACGUUCAAGAUAUUGGAAGGGGGGAAAUAAAAGCUGAACUGAAAACCAAAAGAAAUUCAAAUAUAUGUUUGUGUGUACUGGAUGAAAUACAGAAAACUACAUAAUAGUAGAAAUGAAUAGUAUGAUGAUAGCUGCGUUGACUUGUGGAUCAAUGUAUGUACUUUGUAGCUGAUAUGAAGAUUGUUGUUGAACAGUUCAUAAAGCCUUACAGCAUUCUGUACAGCUUACAAAGCAUUUAUUUGGUCUAUCUCAUGAAUUUAGAUUCAUGAUAGAUUUAUUAUCUUCCUCAUUCUGAUAUCAAAGGUUGAGUCCUAAUUGAAGUUUAUGUCCUUGGAGCGAUUCUGAUACAGAUCCUGUAUUUUAAAAUGUCACUUUCUCAUACAACAAACUUUAUGUGAUUAAAAACACU